UAGCCUCUUCAACCAACUGUAUUGUUUUAACCUAAUCUCGUACACUUAUGUUCUCACAAUAUUUAUAUACUUAUGUUCUGAUCAAUCGUACCACACCCACCUCUCUUAGCUUCCCUAGCUCUAGCUUUAAGUUUUACUUAGAAAUGGCUACAAGUACUCUCUCAGAAGCCUAUAGAGACAACCCUAUCCCCCUCAAUCAUAUUAUCCCCUUGGACUUUUCAUCACUUAGGACCUUACCUGAUUCUCAUGCAUGGCCUCAUCAACCUAGUGAUAAUGAUCAUGAUUCCAUACCCAUCAUAGACCUCAUGGAUCCAAAUGCCAUGGAUCUCAUAGGCCUUGCAUGUGAGAGUUGGGGUGCUUUCCAAUUGAAGAACCAUGGCAUACCCUUGAGAAUAAUUGAGGAGGUUGAAGCAGAGGUAAAGAGGCUCUUUGAUCUCCCCUCAGACAUGAAGUUGAAGGCCCUCAGAACCUCUGCUGGUACCACUGGUUAUGGCAGGGCACGGAUAUCACCAUUCUUCCCCAAGUACAUGUGGCAUGAAGGGUUCACAAUCGUGGGAUUUUCUGAUGAUGCCAAAAAGAUCUGGCCUAAUGACUAUGCACGGUUUUGUGAUAUAAUGGAGAACUACCAGAAACAAAUGAAGGCCCUAGCUGAGAAACUAACACACAUGAUACUCAACUUGUUGGGAGUUUCUGAGGAUGACAAGAAGUGGAUUGGUUCAAGCAACCAUGUUGGUGCGCUUCAGCUUAAUUUCUACCCAUGUUGUCCCGAGCCGAACCAAGCCUUGGGUCUCGCUCCGCACACGGACACUUCCUUUCUAACAAUCAUCAACCAGAGCCAAACUAAUGGCCUCCAAAUCUUCAAGGAAGGUAUUGGUUGGGUCCCUGUGCGCCCACUUCUGGACACCCUUAUCGUUCACACGGGUGACAUUCUCCACAUCCUCUCCAACGCGAGGUUCCAUUGUGCCUUGCACCGCGUCACGGUGAACGGUGCAAGACACAGGUACUCCACGGCUUAUUUCUAUGGACCCCCGUUGGAUCAUGUGGUUUCCCCUUUGGUUCUCAACUCCGUGGCAUGUUUUCGUGCUUUGACUGUGAAGGAGUAUAUUGGCAUUAAAGAGAAGAAUCUCAGGGGAGCAUUGUCUUUGAUUAGUGUAUUUAAAACUGAAUAAUAGCCAUGUUUAAUAAAUUCUCUAGUUCUAGUUCUUCUGAAUGUGUGUUAAUUUCUUUACGUCGAGUAUUCAUUUUGGCUUAGUCAAUUUGUAUCUUAAUUUUCAGUUUAUUUUUACAAACUUUAUUUACAUGCUUUCUGUUAUAGAUGGCAUUUAAACCAUUGGAUCAAUUUGUCGUCGUUCUGUCUCA